AAAAAAAAAGGAAAAGAAAUAUACUGUUGUUGAAUGAUGUGAAGGUGGGAAAAUUUUUUGGUUUGUAGUGAAUACUUGUGAUGUGUUCACAGUAGCGGUUCUAGUUCUAGAUUUGACGAUCGCGAGAAGGAAAGGAAGCCAUUCUGGUUUCUGCAUGUUGGUGCCGCUAGACCAGUGGUGACCAAGUCGGAAUUUUUCAACUCAACAGUCAGCAACCCCCUCGGCUCUCUGUGUUGAAUAAAUAUGAGUGGAGCUGUGGCUGUUGCAAUUGCUGCGGCUAUUGGCAACUUAUUGCAAGGAUGGGACAACGCCACCAUAGCUGGUGCUAUACUGUACAUAAAGAAGGAAUUCAAGCUGGAAGAUGAACCUACUAUAGAAGGUCUUAUUGUGGCCAUGUCUCUUGUUGGAGCGGUUUUUAUCACAACAUGCUCUGGUGCAAUUUCUGACUCGCUUGGACGCCGUCCCUUGCUUAUAGUUUCAUCUGUUUUAUAUUUUAUCAGUGGUCUUGUGAUGCUGUGGUCUCCUAAUGUUUAUGUACUCCUCUUGGCAAGGCUUUUGGAUGGGUUUGGAAUUGGUUUGGCAGUUACUCUUGUUCCAAUUUAUAUAUCAGAGACAGCACCUCCUGAGAUAAGGGGUUUAUUGAACACUUUGCCUCAGUUCACUGGUUCUGUUGGAAUGUUCUCUUCAUACUGCAUGGUUUUUGGGAUGUCAUUGACAAGUUCCCCAAGUUGGAGGCUGAUGCUUGGUGUCCUUUUCAUCCCUUCUGUUGUUUACUUUGCAUUGACUAUUUUUUACUUGCCCGAGUCCCCAAGAUGGCUUGUCAGUAAAGGGCGCAUGCUUGAGGCGAAGAAGGUUUUGCAGAGACUUCGUGGCAGAGAAGAUGUGUCUGGGGAGAUGGCUUUGCUAGUUGAAGGUCUUGGAAUUGGGGGAGAAACUUCUGUAGAAGAAUAUGCAAUAGGACCUGCCCAAGAACUUACUGAGGAUCAGGAACCUGGCAUCCAUAAAGAGCUAAUAAGAUUAUAUGGACCUGAAGAAGGGAUCUCUUUGGUUGCUCGACCUGUCACACGACAGAGUUUUCUCAGUCUUGCAUCUCGCCCUGGGAGCAUAGUGACCAAGAAGGUCCCCCUUAUGGACCCUGUUGUCACUCUUUUUGGCAGUGUCCAUGAGAAGAUUCCAGAUACGGGAAGCAAGGGAAGCAUGCUUUUUCCUCAUCUUGGCAGCAUGUUCAGUGUAGCUGGAAAUCAGCCCAAAAAUGAUGAAUGGGAUGAAGAAAGCCUGACCAGAGAGGGUGAGGACUAUACAUCUGAAAUUGCUGCAGCUGAAUCAGAUGACAAUCUGCAAAGUCCACUUAUAUCACGACAAACAACCAGCAUGGAUAAGGACAUGGUUCCGCCUCCAUUCCAAGGAAGUGUUUUUAGCAUGAGACAAGGUAGUCUUACCCAAGGUGCUAAUAGCGAGCUGGUAGGUAGUGCAGGCAUUGGUGGUGGAUGGCAACUUGCUUGGAAGUGGAUAGAGAGAGAAGGUCCAGUGGGAAAUAGAGAAGCAGGCUUUAAAAGAAUAUAUUUGCAUGAAGGUGGCAUUGCUGGAAAGUGGAGGGGAUCCCUAGUUUCUGUUGCUGGGGAUGAUAUGCCUGCUGCUGGUGAAUAUUUUCAUGCCACAGCUUUAGUGAGUCAACGAGCUUUAUAUUCGAAGGAUCUCAUAGAUGAGCACCCUAUUGGACCAGCUAUGAUUCAUCCAGCUGAAGCUGCUACAAAGGGGCCUAGCUGGAGUGAUUUAUUUGAACCAGGAGUCAAGCAUGCAUUGAUUGUAGGGGUGGGGAUUCAGAUACUUCAGCAGUUUUCUGGGAUAAAUGGAGUUAUGUAUUACACUCCUCAAAUACUUGAGCAUGCGGGUGUCGAAGUUCUUUUAUCAAAUAUGGGCAUCAGUUCAGCAUCUGCAUCUCUUCUAAUUAGUGCUAUCAUAAACUUGUUGAUGCUGCCUUGCAUAGCAGUUGCCAUGAGGCUUAUGGAUCUUUCUGGCAGAAGGAGUUUGGUGCUAGGCACAAUUCCUAUCUUAAUCACCACUCUUGUAAUCCUAGUUAUUGGAAAUGUGGUGCAUAUGGGAUCUGUUGCGAAGGCAGCCAUCUCAACAGUUUGUGUUGUUCUUUACUUGUGCUCGUUUGUGAUGGGGUUUGGGCCUGUGCCGAAUAUCCUAUGCUCUGAGAUAUUUCCGACUAGGGUUCGUGGUAUCUGCAUUGCCAUAUGUGCCCUCGCAUUUUGGAUCGCUGAUAUUAUUAUUACCUAUUCAUUGCCUCUCAUGCUCUCCUCCAUCGGCCUUGCUGGUGUUUUUGGUAUAUAUGCUGUUGUGUGUGUCGUAUCAUGGGGUUUUGCUUUCUUGAAGGUGCCUGAAACCAAGGGGAUGCCUCUUGAGGUGAUCACUGAGUUCUUCGCCCUUGGUGCAAAGCAGGCAAACUAGUUUAAUUUGUUUGGUAGUAGUAGUAGUAGUGUACAAUGACUUAAUUUCUUCUUCGGUUGUCUUUAUUUUUAGGGUGAGUUGUAAUUUACUCUUUAUAAAAUGUCCUACAGGCUACAGGGGGUUGCUUUUUGUUUUCUCAA